AUGCAUCCAAUUCUUUACAUUUAUCUCGCCAUCGCUUGCUAUGUCGUCUACGGAAUUGUGCUUGCAUUGUAUCGCCUGACGUUUCAUCCACUCGCUCGCUUUCCUGGUUCAAAGCUUGCUGCUGCCACAAAAUGGUACGAAGCGUACUUCGACUUGGUCAAGUCGCCAGGCGGGCAGUUCAUGGUCGAAAUUGAUCGCAUGCAUGAAAAAUACGGCCCAAUCGUGCGAAUUAACCCCGAUGAGCUCCAUGUUAAAGAUGCCGAGUGGGCUGAGACCCUUUACUGUAAUUCGUCGCAUGGUGCAAGAGACAAGUACCCUCCUGCAGCCAUGAUGACCGGCACGCCAAAAGGAGUAUUUGGCACCGUCAAACAUGACGUUCAUCGCAGGAGAAGGGCCGCCAUCAACCAUUUCUUCUCGAAGAAUGCCAUCAACAAUGUUGAGCCCAUGAUCCAGGAGAUGACGUCUCGCCUAUGUCAAAACCUCUCGCAAGCUGCCGCUUCAGGCAUUGAGCUUGAAAUGCAAAGUCACUUUCUUGCCAUCACCACUGAUGUCGUCUGUCAACAUACUUUCCAGAGAAAUCUUGGCCUAUUGCAUAGUACCAAACACGCGCAUAAUUGGAAGGAGACAAUAAGAGCGAUUGCAAUCUUGACGCCAUUGGCCAAGCAAUUCACAUGGAUCAUACCGAUGGCGCUAAAAGUGCCAGUGACCUUACUCAACGCGGUCGUUCCGAGUCUUGGAAGGAUUGUCCAACUGCAUCGUGUAACCAUUCAAAAUCACUCUUCUCCUGAUAUAACAAAGCUAUCAAAGUCACAAUGGGGAACUGAUGCAGACGUCAAGGAGCAGCAAAGUACGAUUUUUCAAAGUUGCCUGAAGAGUCGCCACUUGGAUGCCGAUGAAAAGAAGCUGGAUCGUCUGGCUCAAGAAGCCUUCACAAUCAUCGUCGCUGGAGGCGAAACCACAGCUCGCGUACUAACGACGGCAACAUUCUAUAUGGUCGAACACAAAGAGAGAGUCAUCCUCAGACUGCGUGAUGAGCUUCGUUCAAUCUCGUCAGACUUCUCCAAAGAGCUGAGUUUGAAGGCGCUCGAGCAGCUUCCCUGGCUCUCUGCCAUCAUUAAAGAGUCCCUACGUAUCACCGCCUUGGUCACAUCUCGACUACCACUCAUCUCACCCGACAGUCCCUUACACUACAGAGAGUGGAUAAUCCCCGCCGGAACGCCAGUCAGCAUGAGUCUAAGAGACGUACUUCUUGACGACAGCAUCUUCAAGAACCCACAUGAAUUUCACCCCGAGCGAUGGCUCGCUGAGAACCCAAGCCUAGCGCGCAUAAGCAAGUUAUAUAUGCCCUUCGGCAGAGGGAGCCGUAUGUGUGUUGGUCUGAACCUCGCGCUGGCUGAGCUGUACCUGAUACUAGGAACUCUCUUUGACAAGUUCGAGUUCGACCUAUUUGAGACAACAAAGGAGCGUGACAUUGAUAUCGUGAGGGACUGCUUCAUCGGAGAGCCGUCUACACAGAGUCAAGGAGUGCGUGUAAAAGUCAGACUAAAUUAG